AUGGAUCCUCUACUGUGGCAUAAAAUAGCUGGGCUCUCUGGAAUGGCAGCUUUGGGGUUGGGCACAUAUGGCGCCCAUGGCUUCAAACCCGAAAACCCAACUUACAAAGAUGUUUGGCAAACGGCGUCUCUCUACCAUUUGGUUCACACAGCCGCUCUGGUUGCUGCCCCUAUCACGAAGCACCCCAACAUUUUUGGAGGCCUUUUGACUACUGGAAUACUCGCAUUCUCAGGGACGUGUUAUACUGUGGCAUUACUUGAGGAUAGAAAGUAUUCUACGUUGGCUCCUUUCGGUGGCUUUGCUUUUAUCGCUGGUUGGGCUAGCUUGCUCUUCUAA